AUGCGACCCUACCAGAUGAACCCACUUGCGCUGGCCAGCGUCUUGCCGUUGUUCACUGCCACUGCCGAGGCUUCCUCGACGCUGUUUUGGGGCGGCACCAUUAUCGGCUUCAACAACGACACGAGUUCGCUCGAGGUCAUCCGCAAUGGCUCUGUGCUCGUGGAGGACGACCACAUUGUCGCCGUUAAUGAAGAGCCCGGCUCCAAAGACGACGCUGGCGACGGUGUGGACGUGAUUGAUGUCUCUGGACAGAUUCUGACACCCGGCUUCAUUGACACGCACCGACACGGCUGGCAAACUGGUCUGAAGACACUCGGCUCAAACACAACCCUUGCCGAAUACUUUAUGCGCUAUGGUGCACCUGCUUCUGGACAAGACUUCCGCGCUGAGGAUGUCUACAUUGGCCAGCUCGCAGGCAUCUACGAGGCUCUCAAUGCUGGUGUCACCACGAUGGUCGACCAUGCGCACCACACCUGGAGCAAUGAAACGUCAUGGGCGGGACUGAAUGCCUCUGUGGAGAGCAGUGGUCGCAUCUUCUGGUGCUACGCUUUCGAGAGCCCGACGGGUACCGAGGGCUCCCGAACAAUCGAAGAGCAGAUUGCCAACUUCCGCGAGAUCUACGAAAGUGAGAACUGGAAAGACUCGCCCAGUAUGAUCGGUAUCGCGUACGACGCCUGGGGCCCGCAGCCCGAUGUCGAGGAGAGGAGUAAGAUACUGGAUCUUGCGCAGGAAAUCGAGGUCCCGGUGAUUACCACGCAUAGUCUGGGCGGACCUUGGGGCUUCGCGAACUUGCCAUCUGACCUGGCUGGGCUGGACGUUUUGGAGGGCGAUAUCCCGAUCAUCUUCUCUCACGCCAGCUUCCUGACAGCCAACGACCGGGAUCUGCUCCGACAGAACAACCACUACGUCUCGAUCACACCCGAAUCGGAGAUGCACUACGGCCAAACGCACCCGCAUUCGUACCUGAUUCAGGACCAGGCUGCUCUAGGCGUCGACACCCACUUCACCUUCUCGACUGAUAUCUUGACGCAGGCGCGCAUCUGGCUGCAGUCAACUCGGUACCGGCUCUUCAACCAGGUCCUCGAGACCUGGAGGGUCCCCCGCAGCACCCCCGAGACGGUCAACCAGGCCUUCCUGCUAGCGACAAGGUCCGGUGGUCUAGCCCUGCGCCGCCACGACCUCGGCGUGAUCAACGAGGGCGCAAAGGCAGAUCUCGUGGUGUGGAACGCGCGGGAGUCACCGGCGCUGCUCGGUUGGAACGACCCCGUUGCGGCGGUUAUGCUGCAUGCCAGUGUCGGAGAUAUUCAUGACGUCAUGGUCGACGGCAAGUUCGUGAAGCGCGAUGGCAAGCUGGCUGUCGAGGGCUAUGAGGAGGUCCGGGAGAGGUUCCUAAAGAGUGCGAAGAGGCUGCAGGAUGUAUGGGCCGAGAAGGAAUACCCUGUACUGGAGGGCAAGUGGCAAGGCAGCGAUUACGCUGAUACGCUGAAGGCGGAUGUUGUCGCUGGGGAGGGGGAUGGAUAUGGCGAGCUUUUUGUGGAGUGA